UUCUCGUAUGACUGUGUGGUGGUCCACUCUAUGGCUCAGCUACAGCAUGAUCGAGAACAUCGCUCCACAUACAUGCAAGACAACCUUAUGCCAACAUGUCAACAGUUCGGGAUCACCCCUAGGCAAAAACAGCAGGAAAGGUACUGAGAGAAACAGAGAGGGAGGGCUUGCAGCAUACUGAUGUGUUUUCAGUAGCGGGGACACGCUGUACACAAUCACGAUCACAAACUACACAGACUUUAGGACCCUGCGAUGUUGCGAUGCCAGAAGAGAUUGGAGGAGUGGGGGCUGGAUGAGAUAGUGGAGGAGGAACAGAGAUGUGGAGAGAGAAGAGGAGCAGGAGUGUCAGAAGCCACUUCUACUGCUGUUUGAAAGUCUUGCCAAAGGGAUUUAGAAGAGCAUUGGUGGUAUAAAUAUCCAGAAUAAACAGGAUUAAAAGAGCAACUGACUCCAUCUGAGUGAGUGUGAAGUGGGAGAGAAUUAAGUGCAGGCAUCAGGAGUACAGAACUUGGGUGGCAAAAGCAUCACUUCUUAUAUGCUUAACCUCACACACAACCAGGUUCAUAUUAGCAACUCAUUAACUCGCAACAUCCAUCUAAACCCGUUUUACAGCGGUGUGGAAGAUAUGUGUUGGUGCAGAAUUGCUGAAUGUGUUGGACUGCUGUAAUCAUCUGUUUUGUGGAGUUCAGCAGUGCUGGGAGACACUUGACACAUACACGCACCCACACACUCCACGGACAUCAUCACAGAGUUUAGCAUCAGAGCACUGUCCAUGUGCCACGAUGAAAGGUGAGAGGUGCCAGAGAGACUUUGCGUCUGUGCCGACGUGGGCCGACUGGGAGAGCAUGCUGCAUUAAAAUACAUCUCCCAAACCCUGCCAACCUGCCAGAAAUCAAUACCUGAGCACUGAGCAUUUCUUCAUCAAUACAUUUCUCUACGGCCACAAACGGAAUGAGAUCCCUGAGCACUUGCUUAGGAGAAAGUGCACUCUGGAGAAUUUCUAUUUUGCUGGACGUCAAUUUCACAGCUUUGAAAACCAAGUGGGGACUACAAACAGAGUAAAUCUAUAUAUGUAUAUUUAUAUAUUUCCCUCAAGAAUAGUUGAAUAUCUGUAGUUCUUUCAACCUCCUGGCAAUUGAUUGUCGAGGACGCUUUUAACACCAACAUUUUCUUCAAAGAUUUCAAAGACGUCUGCUUUGAUCUGUCCAAAUCCCAGCUAUUUAUAUUUCAGUUAACUACUUAUUUAGAUAAAUGUCUCUCACUGCUGUUAAAAUUCUGAUAAAAUAAUUUUAGCCCGUUUGUCUGUAUAGAGAAUCAGAGUGAAAACAGGAGGGAAGAUUACUGAUAAAAUCCCUCAGCAUUACACAAGCCGUCUGCGGUCUGUUGUGAAUCAAGGUAUUCUAUCAUCUGAACUGACUUCCAUCCUUUUCAUGCAAAGUGAAGCGCAUUAGCAUAUGUAUGGACUGAGAUACAUCCAAUCAUGUAAAAUGUCCUACACGGGCCUUGCAUUCAGCCAUCGAGCGAAGGAACAAAUGCCAUCUGAUAUGUGAAUAUGCAAGAGCUCCACGCAUUUAAAUCACAGACUGAAAUAAGUCCUCACUCAACACAACCUCAGAUGAGAAUUCGUCUUAGCAUGAGCUAGUCACCAAGAUUUAGCCUGGUUGAACCAAAUAUUUAAUAUAAGAUGAUUUAUUUCCAAGCCACUGAUUCUGUAUAAGUGACACAUUCUUAAGAGUGAAACUGUCGUUCAAUCCGUGGCAAAGACUCAGUUAAUGUUGUCACCUCCAGACCUUAACAUAGAGCUCACAAAAUGGAGAGUCUAGAUGAACUCGAACAUCCACUGUUGGCUGACAGCCCCAAGAGCCCAAGUGGAACAAGCAGUGGUGGUGGUCUGUUUAAAGGCAUAUUUGUGAGAAAUGAGAAGGACAAAAGACUGCCCCCUCUGGACUGGAGGAAUUAUUGCAGUUCUACAGAUAUUCAACAGCAGCAACUAUUGGACCCAUGUUCAUUGACUAGCACUCUGGAGACACUUUACCCUCCAACAACCAUAUGGGCGACUGCUGACUCCUUGGGCAUCCACAGUAAGGAGUAUCUGGAAACCACAUUUGUGGACAUUGGUCCUGGUUCGCCUUUGGAAAGGAAGUUACUGGCAGAGACUAGAGAUGUCCACAGUGUCUCUUACAGCAUGGAGGAUGGGGAUGACCUUUUACCAGACUUUGAGGACUCUUCUAGUGAUGACUUCAGUGAUACUGACAGCGAGAGCAACUUUCCCAUCAUGAUCCCUCAAGAUUACCUGGGGUUGGCAUUCUUCUCCAUGUUGUGUUGUUUCUGGCCUCUGGGCAUCGCUGCGUUCUAUCUUUCCCAAAAGACAAACAAAGCGUCGGCGCAGGGAGACUUCCAGGGUGCCAGUGCCGCGUCUCGGCAGGCUCUGUGGCUCUCUAUCCUCUCAAUCGUUUUCGGCAUUGUCACUUACAUCUGUGCUAUCGCUGCCCUUAUCUCCUAUCUGUCUGGGAAACCACCUUAAAGACAAACGCAUCAUUAUUCCCUCUCAUUUACUGCAGCAACAACCCACCCUGGAUCAUAGUCACACAAACUGCUGCUCUUUACAUGCAUACAGUACACUCGCCUACACUUGUAAUAAAUACUGUACAGGCAUUCAACUGAAACCACAUCUUAUUUAUAUUCUCUGCGAGUUCAUGGAAGUCGAAACAUUAUUGACAACACAAGAUGUACAGCAAUAGAACGAUGCAGCCCAUAACAAUGUGAUUUGUACUGUAGUUUUGCUAAAAGCUUUGGGUCAAAACAUACAAUGUCAUCGAUAAUCAUUGUAACAUGCACGUAAAAAAGAGUGAUUUGUAAUCUGUCUCUUCAGUUGUGUAUGAGUAGGCAGGGUAGAAACCAACGGAGGGCUAAGGGUUUGUUUGAAAAGAUCAUGACAAGGACAGCAAUAUCUGGACAUCACGACAGACUUGGCUUCACAACACCAGGACAAGCCAUCCGAGACAUAUGACUUUGAGCAAACUGGGUCAGUUUCUACUGCAACUCUAAGACUAAUACUAAACUACUCACCAAAUUGAAGAUACCAGAUAUCGGAAUCAAUUUGAUUUUCAAAUCAGACAAUAAAAAUGAGGUUGCAAUACAGUGUUUGCAAGGUCCAAAUCUGAGUACAAAUAUUUGAUAUUAAUCAUUUAUACAUAAAUUUAACAAGUUGAAUUUAUACUGAUAGUUGGAUCCUUGCCAAUAUGAGCAAUGCAAUGGAUUUAAAUCUAAGAAAUGCAAACUGUAAAGAAAAUAGCACGUACGUCAUAAUUUUGUCUAGACUUGUACUUUUCACAUUAAACCCCAAAACAUGUAGGGACGAAAUUAAUGUGACUUCACGGUUGAGCUGUUGCAAUAUCCAACGAAAAAGCUGAAUGUAGCCAGUAAUAAUAUUUAUUAGUCUCAUCUGCCACUCACCAUUGCGACACAAAGUUCGCUUUGGAAACGGUAUGUACAUGAGAAGUACAGAUCUGUUUAAACACACAUGCAGAGGUUUAUACGCACAGUCAUAGAGCGAUUACUGUUAUGCAUAACAGUUCAUUGCAGCGCAGCUUCACCAUGAGUCAUGACACUAUCAAAACCUCUCCUGCAGAACUAUAUUUAUAGCUUUAUAAAUGUAGACACUCCAUCUUCCCAUCAUCUAACUAAAACAACUGGAGAUAUUAAACACCUCACGCGGCACAGCUAAAACAAAUUUUAAAUUUGUGCAAGUCGUGAUUUAUAUUCAUACAAAUUACUCGUGUGUUGUGCAGAUGUCAUAGACCCUGGGGGGAAAGGAUCAAGUAUAUUAAAAACUAAAGCGUAUGUGCUUAUUCAUACAGUCACUGACUUGAGCUGCAUUUGUGAUUGAGGGCGUGCGGUAGAGGUCAUGAAAUACACAAGGGAAUUCUGGGAUAUUGAAAGCUCUAAACUGACAACCAGAAUUUUCAUCAUAACUUAAUUCUACUUACAUAUAACCAUUUUGCAGGAUUAAAGUUUGCCUUGAUAAACAGUACCGAAACUGCUUUUAUAUUUACCAAAAACAUCAGUUUAUUCAUUUGAUUGGUAAAUUAAUAUCCACACAACUGAUCUGACAUGAGAUCUAAGCCUGUAUAAAAUAUUUCAAAUAUGAUUCCCUUAACUAAAAAACAGCAUAUUAACAUGGCAAACAAAUAAAUAUCAUAUCAAGUCCAACAAUUUGGUUAAAACGCAUUUUCGAGAAAUAUUCAAAUGUCAACUGCACUACACUUCAAUCAGAAAAACAACAGUAUUGCUUUUAAAGGUUAAAAUGUGUCCUACAAAACAGCAGUCAACCGUCUUGUCAGGGGUUCUCCGAGCACCCUGCAGUUCAAAAUUGGGUCAUAUCAUAGGAGGAGAUUGUGUUAUUUCUACAAGCUGUCCCAUCGUGCAGAGGAGAGCAGUAGCACAUCCUCUUUGCGGAAUUACUAUUGCCUCUGUGAUAUCAGAAUUUAAGAAGAAUCAUCACAAACAGCCACACAGUGUGAAUAUGGUGGAGUUUAUUCUCAGAAAUACAGAAGAGAUGACAAAGAAAAGAUUCCUCUGCCUUCCUUCCUCUACAUUUUUCUUGUGUACAUGUGUAUGUAAAUUUCGCAGAUUCCUGUUACGGACGAAUAAAUGGACUUGAUUGAAGGUUUAAUUUUGUUUUGCUUUCGAGAACAUUUGCCGUUUCAUUGUUGUUGUGUUUUGUGAUGUGGAAAAAAAGUCUACGCGCUUUAAUGAUACUCAUUACAAGGCUCAUCUCUAGAGGAAAGAAAUGAAAGAACAAGCACAACUCCACUGAACAGCAAUUAAUAGUAAUACAUGUUAAUGUACUAUGUAAUUUUCUCAACAGAACCAGCUUACGCAACCUAAUAAAAAUCCUUCAUCACAUAAUUUCCAUUUUCAUAAUGACUGUUCCCACAACAGUGUUUUAAACUCCUCUCUUACAUACUCUACAAGCAUGUGCAAAUACUAUGCAAAUUGAAAAAAGCAUGAGUUUUAAAAUACAUAGUACUGAUAAAUGACUUGGAGUUAAGGAAUCGCUCUGAGAUUAAAAUAAAGCCUUGUUGGAGAAACCAUGGGGGCAAGGUCAUAACCAAUACUGUUAAACACAUACAUUACAUUUUAGCAAAAUUGAUUGGAGGAGCCACACAAUUUUUUUUUAAUCCCAAAUACAAUUUUCAGCAUAAUAUUACUACACUGCAGCAAGUUGUGAUAAUAAGCAAAGGAAUGACAAUGCACA